AUGCAGGGCUUUAACAGAUACUAUCCUCCGGAUUAUGACCCUAAGAAGCACCGAACUCUUAACGACUACCACGGGAAACAUGCACUAGGAGAUAGAGCACGGAAGAUUGACCAAGGAAUCCUCAUCACUCGUUUCGAGUUACCCUUCAAUAUCUGGUGUGGAACAUGUAACGCGCAUAUUGGAAUGGGCGUCCGUUACAAUGCCGAAAAGCGCAAGGUUGGGAUGUAUUACACCACGCCAAUAUUUGCUUUCCGGUGUAAAUGCCAUCUCUGCUCCGGCUGGUUCGAAAUCCAGACAGACCCAAAGAACACGCGGUAUGUCGUAACCAGUGGUGCGCGCCAGAAGGACGAAGAGUGGAAUCCCGAAGAGGCAGGAGGAUACGCGAUACACGAAAACGACCCGAGUAAAGCCGGGCCCAUCGACCCACUAGCACAAGUGGAGAAGACGGCAGAAUCUUCCCGUUACGCCCGUGAAGUUGGGGCUCCAAGAAUCGAGUCACUCCAAGAGCUAUCAGAGACAUACAAUGCCGACCCCUACGAACUCUCCAAACGCGUUCGAAAGCAAUUCCGGGAAGACAAGAAGAUUGAGAAACGGAAACGGGAGGAUGACGACUCGUUCAAGGACAAGUACGCUUUACCGUCGACGUUGAAACUUGUAGACGAGGCGGACAUACGGGAGGAAGCGAGCACAAAGUGGGCACAGGAGAGAGGAGAGUGGGAAGUUCUGGAGCGCAGCAAAAGAAGGCGGACAAUGGCGGAGAUGGGACGAGCUCCUAAACAAGAUGGAACACUUGCGACAUCGCUCCUCUCGGGGGCGUUGAAGAGGCAGGACCCGUUCUCAGCGCUGGAAGCAAGCCUUUGA